AUGGAUCGCUGGCUCAAAGAGACUCCAGCCGAAGAGCCGUGGAACAACAUGGAUAAAAGUUCACAAUCCAACACCAACAGAAAGUCCCACGACAACAAGAAAAGCGGAAAGAAGGAGAAGAAGCAUGGUGGCAAGAAGGAUGGGCAGAAGGAACAAACUUGGAGCAAUACUGGGGUGGACGGGAGUGCUUCUGGAGAGCACCACUAG